AAUUUCAGACCAUCUAUUCCAGAGAGACGGACUCAAAAUUUCCAAUAUUCAUCCACAACGAAGUCCUAAAACUACAGUGCUAGUGAGCUUUUGUCGUUCAAACGUUUGUGGGGUACUGGGUCUAAGUUAAGCAAUGUCUGGAAGAAGUAACACUUUAACAAUAGCCGCCAUCUCCGGCUGCGCAUCUGUCCUCAUCUAUGAGAUUCUCAGACGGCUCGCAUCCUGGGCUAUUGGAGAUGAUCAGGAAGGGAAGAGAACUGACGAUCUCCAUGAAAGUGGCGUUUUGCCGGAACUUGGGAAGAGUCUGCGUGAUCGGGAAUACACCUUUCCCGAGAAUCUUUAUCCACUGAACAAUGGUUCAUACGGUUGCGUCCCCCAGAGAGUGCUCAAUGCCCAGAAAAGAAUGAUGGAUGAACGAGAAUCAAAUCCUGAGAUGUGGUGUCGCCAUCUUAGGCUGGAGAAGUACAGGAAUGCUGUCAAGAACAUUGCAGAGUUUGUGAGCGCUAAACCAGAAAAUAUUGUCUUAAUAGAAAAUGUUACAACUGCAACUAACAGCAUUGUGAAAUCUUUCAAGUUCAGUGCUGGUGAUCAGAUCUUAGUGACCAAUCAUACAUACGGGGCUGUGCUGAAGACUUUAGAUUUUGUUACCAGUCUUAACAAAGAUGUUAGUAUUGUGCCAAUAAAGAUCCCUGUCCAGACGACAGCCAAGGAGAUCAUCGAUCUCCAUGCCCGUGCCCUUGAUGAGAACCCAAAUAUCAAGAUGGCAAUGCUGGAUCACAUCACAUCCUGCUCAAUCGUUAUGCCGAUCAAGGAAUUGAUUGAGCUGUGUCACAGCCGUGGUGUAAUAGUAGCCGUCGAUGGAGCGCAUGCCCCAGGACAGCUCCCUCUUAGGCUUGAAGAACUUGGAGCUGAUUUCUACUUUGGCAACCUACAUAAGUGGCUUUAUUCACCAAGAGGAUGUGCCUUGUUCUAUAUUCAUCCCAAGCACCAGAGUUGGAUCCGGACGGCUAUCUCUUCACAUCAGACAUUUGAUGAGAAUCUCCAAGAGCGCUUCCAUUACAUUGGGACUAGGGAUGCGAUCCCGUACUUCACAGCCAAGCACUGUAUCCACUACCUGAAUUACCUUGGGGGAUUGGAAAGAGUCACGGCCUAUAACUCUAAUCUUGUCCAGUGGGCAGCCGAAAUGUUGGCCAAGGCAUGGAACACAACCUGGAUUGAACUUGACGAGGAGUUGAGGGCGCCAUAUAUGCGUCUCAUCGUAGUACCACCUACCCCCAAGCGAGCCCUCUAUAAGACGCAUAAAGAAUUCCGUUAUGAGGUCUUGAAAAAGUAUGGCGUUGUCUGUGCAGUCACUGGGGAUGACAAGGAUAUCUUUAUACGUAUCAGUGCGCAAGUGUACAACUACAAAGAGGAAUAUUAUGCACUACGCGAUGCUAUCAUUGACCUUCUGGAUAUCGGGAAAUAAAAGUAUUUUUUCAAUUUGACCCUAUAGUAAAACCACUUAAUGGGGAUUUAUGCAGUUGGCAGUAUCUUGUGAAAGUGCCACUAGCACAUGUGACUCAACAUUUUGUACUUGGUUAACCGAGAAGUCAUAAUGGUUUUUGAAAAGUACUGUGGAUGAAAUGUUAGGUGGGGGAGGGGAUCAUUCAAUUGUUGUACAUGUGACCAGAAAAAAACACAGAUUUUAAAUUUACAGCAGAUUCCAUGCUUGAGAAAUGGUUUUUAUACCACAAAGAAACAAAAAUAUGUUUUUAUUUUUUUAUCUAGGUCAGUUUCCAGACCAACAUAUAUAUUUACAUUAACCGAAAGCAUGUCAUUGUUCUUUUUCAUCCUCACUAUAAAACAGUUACAGGACAUUCAAAUUAAUGGUAUGAAUAAUUAUCUGGAAUAGUUACCAAGUACCCCUUUGGCAGAUUUACCCAAACCUAUGAGAGGCAUUGAAAACUAUGAUACGCGCAUGGCGCAUUGAGGGUGACAACAUUUUUAACAUACCGGUAUCAUUUUAUUUGGUAUGUUUCUGUGAAAUGCUACUCACAUUGAGGAUAUCUUCCCUUAUUUUGGUCUAGAUUAGUAGGCGACUUAAAGUGUGUUUUAUAUGUUUUAACGGUAUAAGGGCAUUUAUUUGUUUGGAAUUAUGUGUGUACGGUAAUGCUAUGAAAAAUGAAAAAAACAAACAUGGUAACGUGUAUGGCAGUAUAAUUCACCCAUAGCCCCCUGUAUGAAGAUGUAUAGAGAAAAGAUAACAUUUUGUGUUAAGUAAUCGCUGAUGAUAUGAAUACCGAUGAACAAGGACAAUCUAACCAUGAAAGAAUGGUUUGGUCAAUUUGGUGCUUUGAAAUAAAUGGUAUGAAUAUACAUGCCAAUCAUGCCAAUCAUUGAUGUUUCGAAAACCGUAAAUUGUAAUUUACACUGGAAUUUUUUGCUAGAAUCAUGGAAGUAAUAUUUGAAAAGAACAGAACCUUUGAUAGGAAGAUAUGUUGUUGAUAUGAGCAAUUUCCUUCACUUUGAAAUUGGUUUUAUUUUGUUAUAUAUGCCCAUUUCAUACUGUUUCUCUUUGCUUACCUAUUUGGAAGGAUUUUUUUUAAUUCUUUCAUGAGCGUUAAACAUGCUGCAAAAUUAUUAUUAUUUUUUUUUAAUGAAUUGUCCAGCUUUGAAUAUCUAUUAAGUGUACAUACAUAUCUACUGUAUUUUGUGUGAAUAUGAAUUAGCCUUGAGUUAUUCCUGGUGUGCUUUCAUUGUGACAACUUUAUCAAGGAAUUUCAGUCAUGGUGUCAAUACAGAUCAGAAAAAUUCCAGAGACUUAAUUCUUACCUCAGAUAAUUUUUGUAUAACUAUGAUCAAGGAAUUUCAGUCGUGGUGUCAAUACAGAUCAGAAAAAUUCCAGAGACUUAAUUCUUACCUCAGAUAAUUUUUGUAUAACUAUGAUCAAGGAAUUUCAGUCGUGGUGUCAAUACAGAUCAGAAAAAUUCCAGAGACUUAAUUCUUACCUCAGAUAAUUUUUGUAUAACUAUGAUCAAGGAAUUUCAGUCGUGGUGUCAAUACAGAUCAGAAAAAUUCCAGAGACUUAAUUCUUACCUCAGAUAAUUUUUGUAUAACUACGAUGAACUAAGCAAACAAAGAGCUUACUCCUUAAGUAGAGAUGAACUUAGUAGUGUAGAAGGGAUCAAUUCAAUGUCAGUUCAGAUAAUGGGGUUUAUUCUCUCUCAUGUUUGUUACCUCCAUUCUUAUUAUUACUUAAAUGCCAUUAUUCCCCAUCUUUUGCUAGGUUUUAUUUUUUAUAAAAAUGUUUGAAAUUCCAGAGAUUUUAGUUGUAUCAAUCCAUUUAAUGUUGUCCAUGCCAAUAUCUAGGAUCCUGAAUUUAAUGACCUCAAUCCAUAUAUACAAGUGCAAUCAUAUUUAAAGGACAAGUCCACUCCAAAAAAAAGUUGAUUUGAAUAAAAAGAGAAAAAUCCAACAAACAUAACACUGAAAAUUUCAUCAAAAUCGGAUGUAAAAUAAGAAAGUUAUGACAUUUUAAAGUUUCCCUUAAUUUCACAAAACAGUUAUAUGCACAUACUGGUUGGUAUGCAAAUGAGGAGAGUGAUGACGUCAUCCACUCACUAUUUCUUUUGUAUUUUAUUAUAUGAAAUAUGAAAUAUUCUAAUUUUCUCCUCAUUGUCAAGUGAAACAACGAUUAAUUCCUCCCUGAACAUGUGGAAUUAGCAUUGUUUAAUACUAUAUGGUUCAGUCAAGUCGGUCCUUAUUGUCAAAUUUGUACAAAAUGAAAUAUUGUAUAAUUCAAACAAUAAUAAACAAAAGAAAUAGUGAGUGAGGGACAUCAUCGACUAUUGUCACUCAGUUGUGCAUAUCACUCUUUUGUUUUGUCAUAACUUUCUUAUUUUACAUCCGAUUUUGAUGAAAUUUACAGUGUUGUGCUAGUUUGAUUUUUCUCUAUUUAUUUAAAUCAACAUUUUGCUGGGGUGGACUUGACCUUUAAAAAUAUAUAUUUAUACCCCCGUUAUUAGACAGCUUAACUUCUAAUAAGCAUCAUGUAUUGCUAUGAUUCCCCAUCCCUUUUUAUUUCACAAUCUGUGUUUAUAUCAAUAUAUUGUGGUCACCUGUAAUAACCAACUUCUUAGAUAACAAUCUGAGCAUGUGCAAGUUAAAGCCAUAUCAACCAGGUGUGUGCAACUCAUUUCCACCUUGUACAUAGUUUGAAAGUUACCCCUUCAUUUGUAAGAGUAUAAGCCUUCCAACUGCCAGUAACAGUGAUAUCCUGCUCAAAGUAUUUUUGUAUCUUCUAAAGUUAUGUUCAAGAGUCUUUGGCCCGUCGGGUUUAACUUAAACUCUGGUUUAAAGUUGUGGUUUAAGUAUGGGAAGCCAAAGGUAUCAAAAUUUUUAUUAAGUUGUAUGUUUCAUAUGUUUACUGUGCUCUUUUCUGAUUCAUCGAUGGUGAAGACAAUCAUCUAUUUAUACUUCCUACACAAUUAUGAAUGAUUUGAGAGCCGAAUGAGCUGACGUAUGAUAUCUCUACUGUUAAUGAUUAUGUUACAAUUGGCUGUCCAUACUUAAACCACAACUUUAAACCUGAGCUUGGGUUAAACCCGACUUCAGAAUAUGGGCCUAUAUGAUUUAGUGUUUGUCAUAUGAAAAUUAAAUCUCAGGUGAUAUAUGUGUGUUCAUUGAUAAAUUUCUGAAAUCAUGAAAUUAUAUGAAAAAAUAAUGAAAUAUCUGUAAUCAUUAAAUGAAAUCAGGGAUAUGAGAUAAUUUU